ACUUAUGUGAAAAUAAUAUUUCCAAGUGUUUUAUUUCAAGUUUUAUAUGAAGAAUGUAAUGACAUGCAUUAAUUAAUUGUUGUGACAAUUAUUGGAAAUAAACAGUGUAUAUUUGUUGCUUCUAUAACCUAAUUGUUUUGGUGAACGACGCGGUGAAAAUGUCAGUGGAAGUAAACCUGUUAUCGGCGUGUGUGAUUUAAAGGAAUCACGGUGUAUUUGUUUAAAAGAGUACAAGUUGUAGUUGAUAUUUCAAAGAAUUGACAAGGACUAUGGAUUUCUGGAUAUGUUUACUUUUGGCAGUCACAGCUGUGACAUGUGUGGAGGUUCAUUUCGAGUCACCAGACGGCGGCUUCUUCCUGAAGCCAUCGCCUCCACCGCCUGCAGGACCCCGCAAACGUCUCCAUUCGUCAGGAUCAGUGACGUCGUCUCUGAAUUCGGAUCGGGGCGAAUCGAUGUCGGGCGGCGGUGACGGAUCGAGCGACGGUCAGACGACAUUGUCGAUUGAUAGGUUUGCUGUGUUUAGGACACAACAACCUAUAUCGGUUCGGGCUACUUAUGGGCCCUUUUCCACGAAGCAGACAGUACCGUCCAAAUUUAUAGUGCCGGAUCCUUUGGAACCAAUUCCCAUAUCGGUUUCGACCUCGAGAGAUCCCACGCGGGAUGCGCGGACUCAGUUUGAGCUACGGCAGCCGCGCCACCUGGACAUGUCAGCCCAUCUGGUGGCGGAGGACGUACCGAGGGAUUCUCCAGUUCUUCGAGUGCUAUUCCACGCUGAUUCCGCUUCUCGAGCCGUGACGUCGCCACUCUCGUCGCCUUUAACGUCGUCCUACGCGUCGCCAGUGACGUCGCCCGUGUCCCUGCCGCUUAGUUCGUCUCAUGGUGGUCAGGCCGCUACGGUGACGGGAACCGACGUGUGCGUAGCGGUCCACGUGACUCUCAAAGAUAAGCGAAUGAUAACCGCCGCUUGUAAAGUCGGCAGAGAAGGUGUUUGUUUAGCGCAGGUUACCAUUCCCCAUUCUUGGUGGCCUGCCUUGCCUCCACCUGAAUCACAUGGAAAGCCUUCGUCGCCACGAAAAUCGCCACCGCGCUUGCUGCGAGUAUCAUACAGCGUACUCCAUGCUGCGCCGCAGGAUGCGCGCGGCCCUUGCGAAGGCAGGGUUCAGAUACAACCGCCAACGCUACUGGGAAAUGUACCGCUCGUGCCGGCGAGAGCUGCGUACAAAGAGCUGAGAGCUGACAAAGCGUUAACGAUGUUAGUUCCACAUUCGCCGUUAUAUCCUUUGUCUAGAAUUCAUGUGCCAGUUUUUCUGCAGGUGGUUUCUGGACAAAACGGCGAACAAACUGACAGCAAGCAAGACAAUGAAAUUAAAGGAUUUGUCAUUAGAGCUCGCGUGAAGGCCGGUCUCAGAAUUUUAAGCGCAACCGCCUCGACGGAAGAUUGGCACAUAAAUUUCGAAGUAAACGCCAAACGUACUGUUGCUACCGUUACCGCCGACAAAAAGGCCAAGGACUCUCGGAAGGACAUCGAUAUGGACGAAUCUCAGCAAGAUGCUAACAGCGUUCAAGAAGUAUUUUCAUGGCUGCUAGAGGCUUCAGAUGAUUCCUCUGAUCUUUGGGAUGGUGGUCGAAUUACAUGGUCAGUUCGUUAUGCGAGUGAUGCUGGCAGUGUUGCAGACGACACGUCACCGAGUGAACAUUCCAGCGAAGAAAAUCCAAGUAAAAGAAAAAAACGUAAUCACUUUUUAUCCAGACGUAAUAGUGGUGAUAGGGACUAUGACAAUACACAUGCAAAAGAAGCAGGAACCACGAAACAGAGUCAGAUAAAUGACUCAGAGAAGUUUGGAACAGAUGCAACAGAUGACUACAGUGAUGAAAUUUACAAUGACAAGACGGCAAGUGCCGAAACAGUUACUCACAAAUCUAAGAUUUCCAAAAAUAAGAAAUAUGUUCCUCAAAAAGAUGUCAGAGAAAAUAACCAUGAAUCUGACAAAAUAGAACUGAGAUAUUCUUCAGUAGAUGACGAAGGGCAUGUUGUUGAACGCAAGACUAUCCUGAAUGCGGAAGAUGCUGUAGAAAUGGAAUCUGCGAAGAUAGAUGAUGAAGAAGUCCUAAUGAAGCAGUAUCCUACUGAUGAAGAACUAAAUGUUGAUGACGAGCCAGAAAGAGACGAGAAACUUUCUACUACAGAGAAAUAUUUAGACACAAGCUCAAAGGCAGACGAAGGCACUGAAGGAAUGCCAUCGUAUGUAAGUCAAGAAGAUCAAGCCACCGAAUCAUCUAAUAUCCCAUCCCAAAACAAAACUAGUGCUUCCAGCGCAUCAAGUACAAAAAGCAAAGAUGGUAGUCAACGGGAUGCUGAACGUGAAGAAGGAAGCAACCGGAGAAAAUUGACUGCAAAAUUGGAAAUUCUGAAAGACGAUAUUGAAUCUGUUCUACCAAUUUCUAAGAAAUGGGAAUUAGUUAACACUGCUAUGUUAACCGGUAGACAGGUGUCGCAGCCCAUGAAGGUUUUUAUAGUGACGCAUGCUGGACAGAUCGCUGACGUCACGUUGCAGAGCUCCUGCCAGGCACAAGACGAAAGCGUACUUAAGGUAUCGUCAUCUUGUUCAUCUGUCUACCUUGACGGCUCUGAAUCUAGGGGCGCAAUAUCCGCCUCGAUAGUCGUGACCUAUGGCCGACGCGUGGGUCGCGCUCGCUACCGCGUUUGGGCCCCUCAUACGCCGUUAGACGUAUCCGUUGCAGACCCUAGAUUAGCCCUGGUCAAAGGUUGGCGUGUUCCACCGGAUUCCGAUGCGGAUCUUGUCAGUCUGUAUUUUUCUCACAGCGCGCCUUCUAUCAAAUCAACCUUGGGUUCCGGUUCCGGCAGGUACCGGAAUGCAAGACGCCGGAAACGAUCGUACUCUUUCGGAUCGGAUGUGGACGGACGCGGAGCGAGCGCCUGGAACAACGGACUUCACGGAAACGGUCAUCAGGAGAGAACACAGUGCAGAGCUCGGUACCAACAAACCACAGUAUCUGUUCACGCUCGCUUCUCGGCCGCCGAUCCAGAUUCGGGACGAGUCACUCACCUCUUAGGCAGGAGAGCAUGGUUACGAGUUACUGAUCUAGUUCUGCCUUUACUAAGAGUAUCAGAUCCUAGAGUUGCAACACUUAAAGGACGAACACUUCUGGGCCUAUCUGCUGGCAGAUGUGAAGUGCAGGCCGUUUCACCUGUUACUGGCCGAGUAAUGGGCGCGAGGGAAGUGCGUGUGGCGUCUGAUAGAGUUGCUAUCGCAGGUCUUCGAGCAAAUGUUGUAUCAGGAUUGCAACUUCGAGUUUCUGCUGCGUCAGAUUCAGGAAACAGUUGGGCUUCUUCGGGCAAUUCCAACACUGGCGGAGAUGAGUACAUUGCAGAGACCUCCGUUACUAGAAAACUAACAGCUCAAUAUCAGGAGGGUCUUCUGGACCUGGACGUAGUAUUUUCUGAUGGUUCAGUAACACCACUACGAGACAUUGACCGUGAUGCGUAUUCACUUCGUGUGCAAAGUUUGGAUUCUGAGGUUGUUGCUUUUGCGCCAAUGCUUGGAUCUUCUCACCCAAGAGUCAUAGCUGUUGGAGAAGGUAGUGGGGAUUUGCUACGCGUUACGUUACUCUUGAACGAGCAAUGCAGGCCGAGAUUACGACAUUUUUUGAAUGGGCAUCCUCGUCCAGGAACUCCACUACCGCCAAUGCCUCACGGCGCAGUUCUGGCAGAAGCUUCAGUAGAUGUGCAAGUGGAUUUUGCACAGAACGAUGUUGGGGAUGUAAAUCACUGGGCUAACAGAAGGACCGAUGCGGUUCAAAACGACAGUGCAGCACGAAGGAAAGGUCGCGGUCAAAAUAAUAUGGACGAUUUGCAGGACAUUCUAAUCAAUAUACCAUUACGAGAUUCGGCACAAUCGGGAUUAGGCUUGACUUCCAGAUCUGCCAGGCCGAGAUCUAGUCCACGACGAGAAGACUUAUCAUCUUUAGAAAUUGGAAUGUAUGUCUUGUUGGCAGCUUUAUGCUUUGCUAUAGUUGUCUUCGUGGUAUCUUGCGUGGUCUACGCUUCUCGUUUGAAGCCUGCACAUGUGGGUGGAGGCGUUACUGUUACUCCUGUGACACGUCGCUCAAGUGGUGCCAACGCCAACGGGAAUGGAAACAGGCUAGCCAACGGCGUUGGAAUUACAGAAAAUAAUCGGGAUUGUUCAAACGCACAUGAUUGGGUUUGGCUCGGACGUGCAACUAUGGACGAUAGGGAGUCUGGCCAUUUGAUGACUAGGGAUGAUCACGUGAAUGGUAACAACGUUGAUAUGCGAAUAAUUGAUAACCCCAUGUCAAUUAAUUAUUGCGAACCUGGGGACUCUAUGAACAAUCAAUCUGGACAACAACCUAGAGCCAUUGAUUCUACAACUUAUUGCAAAAAAGAUCGUAUCAAGCCGCCAAUUAGACAUUCGAGCAACGAUGUUGGACCUCCCGUUCCUCCCCAUGGAGUGGGCAGAUUGCUCCCUGAAGCUCCAUCUCUACCUCCUCAUGGUAUACCUCAGCGCCAUCAUCACCACAUGAAUAACGGAAUGGUCAACAAUCACCAUAGAAUCAGUCAUCACCAGAUGAAUGAUAAUCACCAUCAUCAACCUAUUACUAAUCAUCAUCUCCAAAUGGCGGUGGAUCAUCGCAAUAAGAACGCACAUGAUGAAUAUCGUCCACCAGUACCACCACAUAGAAAUAUUUUGAGAGGUGAAAAUAAGAGAAUGUUGCCAGAAACAGUAGCACCACCACGCAGGCAUCAUCAUAAACACCGAAACAUGAAUAAUCAGUCCUCAAAUCAUCAAAACCAAAAUGCAAAUCACGCCCAUAUUAAUCGAAAUAACGCGUCAAAUGAGGAUAAUGUAAAACCAGGUGAUGCAACUAACAGAUUCGACGAGCUGUUGAAGCAGAAAAAUGCAUUCGAAUUUGAUGAAGAUAUUUUAAAAGUUGACAGAAAUUUACCAAAGCCAAAAACCGAAACAUCACAUAUAGAACCCGAGCAAAUCAUGCUGGAUUCAGGCAUAGGUCUGGGAGAAUUAUCAAGACCUGCUGAACACACACCAAUGAUUGUUGACGAUUCAUCAUCUCAAAGCCAGCAAGAUGGUUCUAUGCAAUUCAUAGAAAGUGAUGAAGUCAACCCUGUAGCUAUGCCAAGGAAUUCAGUAAAGAGAGCUACUAUUGUGGGGAAUCCAAUGUUUUCCAACAACGAUAAUACAUUAGAUUCUCAAGAUAGUAAUGGCAUUGAGAAUCCUGGUGAGAGUCUUGGAUUGGAUGAUCUUGACAUGGACUAUGAACAGAUCAUGCACUAUUUUGAUAAUCUCAAGGAAUCGAAUGCCUGAGUAGAACAGAUCAUUGCGAGGAUUCGUGAGAUCCUGGCCACAUUUCACAGCCAGUAUCGAAGUACUGCACAAUGCGACGAUCUAAUUGAAACCAUCCUUGGUCCAGAUCCUACCUUUGAUGAUGACGUCAGUAAAAGUGACGAUGUUUUAGAAAUUUCAAGAAACAUCAUCGAAGUAGCGAGGAAUGUGGAUCAAGAAUUGGAAGGACUUGUGGUGAGUCAUGCUGCAAGCAAUGGGAACUUAGAGUACUUCUUCGACGGACUUAGCGAAGCAUAUGCAUAAAUACUACAGGUUUUAGAUUGGAUACUAGCUAAUGUAGUAAAUAAAAUU